AUGGGUGAAAAUGUUACUCGAACCUUCAGAGACUACGCACAACCAUCUCAUGAUAACGUGCCGACUGGGGUACGGAUGCCCACUAUUGCUGCUACAAAUUUUGAGAUCAAGUCUCAUGUUCUCAAUAUGGUUUUGAAUAAUCAGUUCGCUGGGUUACCAUCGGAAGACCCAAAUCAGCACCUGCAUAGAUUUUUACAAUGUUGUGCUACUCAGAAGCAAGCUGGUGAUGAUAGUAUUCGGACUACUGAAGUGGAUGCUUGGGAAGCAGCUUUUACCUGUGUCGAGCUUGACGGUAUUACCACUCACGAGGAUGAACGGAUCAAGCAAGCUCUGACUACUGCUCCUAUCAUCCGAUCUCCAGAUUAG